ACAAACAGUGUCAAUUACUUGUGGACACGUCACAUAUUUGACAUGGUGAGAGAGAUAAACUUGAUCAUCUAGUUCACUGUGUGUCUAUGAUUAAUGAUGACGCCACAUCCUGGUUUCACAAGGAGGAGGAUGAGGGCCGACACGUUUUCUUUGCAUAUCCAAACAUCUGCUCCCACAAGGCAGGUUUAAAGGAAUUAUCAGGGAGCGUGUUCACAGAUGAUUUGACACAGAAGCUCGGCUGGAUCUACAAUAUCUUGUUGACAGGGAAAUAGUGGAAGUAAAUUUCAAAGGCCUACUAUAACAGAAAGUCCUCUGAUCUACAGCAGAUAUGAGAUACCAAGUGUACGCAGUUUUUCAACUUGUUGCUGUUGUUGCUGCCGUCCUCUUAUUAGUAUGGGGUGUAAGCAUUACAUUUGAUCUACAGAGUGAUGCACUGCUAUCUCUUGGGUUUGAUGACAGUAAUCCAAACAAAGCAGAAUCAAUAGAAGCUGCAAAAAAGUGCAGCCUAUCGCAAGUUUGUCCCCCUGAGUCUUUUCCUUUCCAUAUCUGGAGUGGAGCAGCGAAGGUUGUCGGGCCAAAGAUCUGUUUUAAUGGUAAAAUCAUUAUGAGUAAUGUGUUGAAUAAUGUUGGCCCUGGAAUCAACAUUGUGGAGAUAAAUGGGGAAAGAGCAGCUGUGGAAAAAUGUUACUUUCUUAAUAUGGAAUCUGGAGACAAAGAUCAAAUACUGAGUUACCUGAGGGAAAUAAAACCUGGAAGUAUCGUUUUGGCGGCCUCUUAUAUAGAUGUGACUAGAAGAAUGACGGACGAAAUGAGAGAAAUAUUUGAGGGGAUGGGAAGCUCUAUGAUCAAAACUCUAAACUCCCAUGACAGUUGGGUGUUUGCUGGAAAGGUGGGGAUGAAAGAAAAAAGCCUCUUUGAGAAACUGGUUGUUAGCGAUCCAAAAACUAACAUUUAUGAUGAAUGGCCACGGGUGGCGGAGCUGGGCGGCUGCUUCCCAGCGUUUAAUGAAGACAAUCCAAAUGCCCCUGAGACAGAAGGGAAAAUUUGAUGGCAGUUUAUUUCACGUCUAGAAAAACAAUACCCCCCAAACAAACUCUCUCAUAUACACAGCUCUUUUUGGACAUAAUGUUUACAACCAGCAAAGCAGUUCGGAUAUAGUUGCUUUGUUUUACCAAUGUGCGAACAAAUUGUUCCCAAUUAAUUUUUAAAUGAGACAUUGGCAGCUUGCUGGGUUUUUAUUUACUGAUUUCUAUGUAAAGCACUAAACAUACUUUUCUGAAAAAAGAAAAAAAAAUCAGAGCAUGUGAUGAUUCUACAUGCUCCUGAAUGCCUUGCUAUUGUCCAGUUUCCUGUAAGCUAACUCCAGGCUAGAGUUAGCUUAGAAAUAGAUUCAGUAAUCCUUUGAUUUGACAUUCGUUCCCCAUUAAACUAGGGUUAUUGAUCGAAUCAUAUCUGUCAUGGGCAUUGCCUGCUUACUAAUGAUAACAUACUACUACUAACUAGCUAAUAAAGAAAACAACUGUCUUUAAUGGGUCAAGCUAAACCCUGAAAACUUUCUGGCUGGUUAUGUGGCUAGCUUGUCCUAUGUAAAUUACUUUAUAAGCUAAUGGUAUGAUUAAACCACCUAAUGAUCCAUAAACUAAAACCAGCUUGCUUGUCUUAGCUUGUGUGUAUGUGAUUGGGUAUGUUAAAGGGCUAGCUUGACAACUUUCCACCAUUAACCAUUGAUAAAAAACUCAACUCAACUCACAUUUUGUCAAAUCAGAUUGUAGUUUUAAUGUGGAAUGAGUCUAAGUGUACAUUUUGUACUGAUUGUAAAGUCACCUGAUGCAAGUUUGUCAUUUGUGUGUCUGGGCCUUAUUAAAAAACUGACUAAG